UCAUGUCGUGUGUACGUAACGUCUGUUUAUGUGUCGUCGUACGAAUGCCGCUCGAAAGUUUUACCGCCUCAACGCUAUAACAAUUUUACAGUGCUUACUAGACUACAUUUUAUAUGCAUUAUUAUUAUACCUUUAUAUAUAAAUAUCAUUUUCGCGUGUGUGAUGAAAAUUGUGAUCUAAUUGGAAUAUCACCCGCCAUAGAAACAUUGUCUAUCGUCGUUCCAGAAAUCAUGGUUUACCAGCAUUGACGAGAAAUCAGGAAAUAACGACAAAAAUGCCGCCUUCCAGAGAUUCGAUGGCCUACACCAAAGGUCUACUUAAUGAACCGGGACAAAAUAAUUGUUUUCUGAAUAGCGCUGUACAGGUGUUAUGGCACUUAGACAUAUUCAGACGAAGCUUCAGAGAAUUGUACGGGCACGCUUGCAUGGAAGAGUCAUGCAUUUUUUGCGCUCUAAAGGAACUAUUCACAGCGCUUGGUUCCAGCCAAGAAACGGCUUUGCCUCCAGACGCACUGAGGAAAGCUCUUGCUCAAUCAUUUUACGAUCAGAGAAGAUUCCAAUUAGGAUUUAUGGACGAUGCUGCAGAAUGCUUUGAAAAUAUAUUAUUAAGAAUACACUACCAUAUAGCUAACGAAGAAGCCGAAGACAUGUGUAAUGCAAAACAUUGUAUAUCUCAUCAAAAGUUUGCUAUGACAUUAGUUGAACAAAGUGUAUGUGGUGCUUGUGGAGCUACCUCAGAGCCUUUACCUUUUACUCAGAUGGUGCAUUAUGUAUCCGCAUCUGCAUUAACUGCUCAAGUUAAACAAUUUCCUUCGACCGGCCAAGCUGAUCUAUUUGGUCAAUUAUUGAAGAAAGCCGGUGGAAUGGGAGAUAUUAGAGAUUGCCCAAGCGCUUGUGGUGCUAAAAUUCAAAUAAGAAGAACAUUAAUGAACAGACCGGAAAUAGUUUCAGUAGGCAUUGUUUGGGAUUCAGACAGACCUACGUUAGACCAUAUAAUGGCACUUUUAAGCACACUGCGAACUUCAUUACGAUUAUGUGAUGUAUUUCAUGGAUCAUUUGACUUACCAAAUGGAAGUAUGCCCCUACAACAUCAAUUAGUUGGAGUUGUAACAUAUUACGGAAAACAUUAUUCUACAUUUUUUUAUCACACGAAACUAAAAAUUUGGAUAUAUUUUGAUGACGCUAAUGUUCGAGAAAUUGGUCCUAGAUGGGAACAGGUAGUAGAGAAAUGUAAGCGAGGGAGAUACCAACCUCUUCUGCUAUUAUUUGCUUCUCCUGAAGGUGAACCCGUUAAUGCAACAACAGCACCAAAAUCUAUAACAAAGGCAACUAAGCUGUCAUUUUGUACUAACACUAUCCAAAGUUUGUCCCAGGGUCGUAGAUCUCUUACACCCAAUCCAGAAAAACCUUUAUCAAAUCAAGGUCAUCGGAGAGCUGUCACUCCAAAUCCAGAUCCAACAAUUGCAUUAGCAAAACCAGGUUUAAAUUCUUCGAUAAAUGAGUAUCAAAACCUGGCUCAUUAUCAAACAGUUAUAAUGGCUAAGGCUGCAGAAAUGUAUACAAAUGACGAUUUAAAUGAUCAACCAGGUUCACCUAGAUCCGUGGCAUCUAAAUGUGAAUUAGUUAGAAGAGAUUCGGGAAAUUGGAGUGGUGAUAGAAAUAGCGCUUCGUCGUCAUCAUCUACUUCAUUAGAAAAUCCUUAUCAAUAUUUUGUUGGAAAAAUUCAAAAUAGGACUGGAAAUGGUUUUAGUGGUGUUCCUCGAAGCCCCAAUAAACCAAAAGAUUAUACAAUGAACCAAUUUGAUUUAGGAUAUGACUCUUAUUCAUUGUCUUCUAAUGAUAGUUUGCCUUUACAACAGAAUCUCAAGCAUAAUCUACAGCUUGCUCAAAUACCAGAAGGGCAUCAAACUUCUCAUACAUCAUUGAAAAAUGGAUCUAAAAAUUCUGCAGUUGAUGAAGUGGAAAGACUUUGUGCUGAAGCUGAUCAGUUAUUGGGGAAAUCUGAAGCCACUGAAGAUUUAGUUAUGGCAUUAUCUCUAUGUAAUUUAGCUGCUGGUAAAGCUAGGGCUGCUAUGGAUGCACCAUAUAGUAAUCCCCAAGUUGCUAGCUUUGCAAGAAUGAAACAUAACACUUGUGUGAUGAGAGCUCGCAGUUUACACAAACGACUUGAAGAACCUCUUCACUCUACAAAUAAACAUGGUGAAGGAAGGCAUAGUCGAGAAGGAAGUAGUUGUAGCAAUAGAGGAUCUCAAAUAUCACAUAGCCGGCAGAAUUCCAAAGAUAAAACAAUUCAGCACUCAAGGCAAAAUAGCAAAGAAUUACUUGAUAUGUCACUUCAAUUAUCGUCUUUACAAAAUUCACCUAUAGACAAAUCUGUAAAAAAUAUUGAAAUUUAUGCUACAUUGCCGAAGAAUAAAAAAGGAUUGUUAUCUCGUUCAUCAAAUAAAACAAAACAAGUAAUUGAAGAUGAAGAAUACAUGAUGUAUGAAAGACCUAGCAGAAGCUUACAAACUAAAAGUAAAACUAAUAAAAAAGAUGGAGAAAAAAGAGCAAGGAGUGAAGAACGUGGUACUAAAAAUACUAAAGAAUUCUUGUCAAACUCUUUGACUAAGGAAACAAAAAAACCUAAGGUUGAAGAUAACAAGCAAGGCAAAAAACAACAUAAAAUAAGGAGAAAAUUGUUAAUGGGUGGCUUAAUAAAAAGGAAAAAUAGAAGUAUGCCUGAUUUACGCGAAGAUGAAUUACAAAUAAAAGAUCCACCUAAAGAAAAAAUCGUAUCCAAAGAUGACUCUAUGGUAGAUUCAAUAAGUAGUCAAAAUAAUCUAAGUGGAUAUUUGUCUGAAGGUCAUCUAGAAAGUACAGGAAAUCCUAAUUUAUUACGAAGUAAACUAAUGAGAAAGAGUUUUUAUACUAAUAAAUUCCUUCAUUUUGCUAAAGUACCACCGCCACCACCAAUGCGUACAUCUUCUCAGUUGAGUAAAGCAGAAAGUAAUAAACAACACAAUGAUUGGUGUUCUGAGCCUCAAUCCUUACCAUACAUUCAUCCUCGUAAGGAAGAUGUGACUUACGCUAACGGAGGUAUGUUACUUGACAAAGACAAUAAAAACGUUAUGAUUACUCAAGCUCAAGUUCAUCAUAAUCCUGAACAAAAUGUUGUUGUAAAUAAUGUCGAUGAUCUUGGGUUUCCAUUACCACCUUACCCAAGUCCAUUAAAUUCUGUGUGUCAUUCGAGGCAACCUAGUGAAGAAUUUCCUCCACCUCCACCCCCAGCGCAAGCUAUUGAUGAAGUCGAUGGAGCUUGUCCAGUUUUUCCUAAGGAACAAAUUAAAUUGGAAGUAAAUGAAGAAAACAAUUGGGUCAAAGAGUUACAAUCAAAGCAAGCCUCUUGGUGUGGUAAUGAUCAAGUUGGUCAAGAUUUAGAGUCCAAAUCAAUUGUAAAAGAUUUGAAAAAUAAAUUUGAACAAAAGAGCAUUAUUGAUAAUUUAAUAACUCAUGCAAUUAAUAACUUACCAGCGGACAGUAUUUGUGAAAUAGUUGAUGAAGAGGAAAAGAAAAUUGAAAAAGAACUUAAGGGCGCUUUAAGUAAAAGUACUUUUGAUAAUAGUGAAUCAAAAAGAAAAUUAGGAAAAAAGAAAAAUGUUACCUUUUGUGAACAAGUAGUUUUAGUUGCGACUGCGGAAGAAGAUGAAGUCGAUAGCUAUAUACCAAAUCCCAUCUUGGAAAGAGUUCUCAGAUCUGUUUUACACAAAGAUGUUCCUAUUGAACAAAAUAGGGAAGUCACAAAAUCUGUAAUUCCGUUGAAACGAAAUGACUCUGGCCAAUUCAACCGAAGCAAUUUAUCUUUAAAAUCUUGUUAUGAAAAUAACAACGCUGAAGAAAAAUCUAAUGUUGAAGUCAAAGAUGAGUUACCACCAAAAACGUAUCGUAUGUCUCCUGUGCAACAAUCGCCUCAAACACAUGCAUCUGUGGCAAUACAACCCAAACUAAAAGCACCUCUUCCAGAACAAGUUCAAAAACCAGCGGAAUCUGUAAAAAAUUACCGCAUGUCACCAAUUCAACAGUCGACGACUCUUAAUCAAUCUCCAUUGGUACAACAGAAAUUUAAGUCUCCUUCUACUUCACAAAUAACUAAUGCAAUGUCAAGUUUAUCGAUUAACUCAAUUGACAGUAUUCAGUCAGUUCAAAAUCAAUCCUCGACCACACAUAGAUUUUAUUCCAACAAUCAACAAAAUAACGUUUAUUCCCAACAGUAUCAAAGUCUUUCGCAUUUGGGACAUCAAAAACCGUUUUUAAGCAAUGAACCACAUUCACUCAACUAUCAAUCAAUAAGCGAAAACAAAUUAAGUUGCUCACCUGUAAACUGUAGAUCAAAUCAGUCUUCUUUAGAGAGGAAUCAAACGAUCAGACAAGUUAACGGUGGUGUCACGUCAAAUUGUUAUCCACAACAAUCGCCUGUCGAAGGCAGAAGCGGUCAUUUUAGAUUCAAUGGUGACAGUCAAACACAACUUCGGCUCCAUGGAAAUCAAACAUCAAAUUCAGAAACAAAUACCCACCAGUAUCAAACCAAUCCAGGAUCUCCUAGAAUACCUUACGCUCAAAAUAAUGUUCGUUAUAAUGUUUCAAAUGUUGAACCAGCAACUCAAUAUCAAAAUAACAACGAAAACAGAUCAUAUAAUAACCACGGUCAAAUUCCUCAGUACCAAUGUCAAUCACUCGAAAGGUUGAACAGUAAUAUCAACAAUAACGUCAAUCAUAUGACCGAUAACCGGACGUGUUAUCCCCGACAACCCAGUCCCGUUCAAGUACAACAUAACAAUCUCAAUAUGAACAACAUUGGGAGACACCAAUCAAGUCCCACGAUGGGUUGUAGUGACAGCGGUAAUAGAACCGCUUACGGACAAACGCAACAGCAUCAAUUUGAUAGAUCGAGUUCCUCGAUCAACUGUGGUGACAAGUCCGUGAUUAACCAACAUCAUCUUCAACAGCAACAACAGCAGCAGAAUCAACAACAACAACAACAGCAGCAGCAUCAACAACAACAGCAGCAACAACAACAGCAACAGUUGGUCGAUCGGCUUAACGUUGCUCCUCAAUAUAACGUAAAUAGCGAAAACAGCAAUAAAACAGGUUAUCUACAACAAGGAGUGUCCGCCAACCAAGCACAGCAGUUGGAAAGGAUGGCCCAACAUUAUGAGAACAAAACUGGCGGGUACAUUCAACAGGGCCUAACCACAACAAAUUUGCCGCAGCAGCAGCAACAACAGCAACAGUUCGGCACUGUAGCGGGGGACAACUAUAACAAUAACAACAAGCCUGGCAGCAAUCAAUCGCAGCUGCCAUCGGUACAACAGUGUUCACCAAGCUACGCGCAUGCUGAACCGAGGACGUCGACUGGGUAUCCAGUGCCGCAGCCCGACAAUAGGCCCACGCAGGCCCUUCCGGUCGGAUACCCGCGGAACGCAUUGGACACGAAACCUGGCCAACACUCACCAGGCGUGUUGUUAAGGCAGCGUAGCAUGGUUAACGGUUUCCAUUCGAUGCCGUACACCCGACAAUCCACGGACACCGUGGCCCACUUGCCGCCAGCCCACCCAAAGAAGGACUUUACGCAGCCGGCCAAUGGUUUUGUGAGGUCGACUGCCGAGUCGGCGCACGGCUCAUCGUCGUCGUUGGACCGGAACAAGCAGCUGCACCAACAGUAUGGUGGCCAACAGGACUGCCCGACGUCGCCGUCCAAAGUUCGCCCAGUAAAUUCGUCGCCAUCGUCACCGUCGUCAUCCACAUCAACGGCGGUGCAGAGGACCAACACGGUCCGUAGGCCAAUGACUGUUUACGAGCCGCAACAACUUCCACCUUAUCAGCACCCGCCGGUUCCAGUGGCAUUCAAACAGCAACAGUUGCAGCUCCAGCUACAACUGCAGCAGCCCUGCAGGACCAACGGCCAGCCCAGAUCCACAACACCCAACGGCAACGCGACUGCUGCCAACGAUUCGGGCCGGUACGCUGUUUAUCAACAGCCGCCAUCACCCCGGUUGCAGGACAAAUGCGCCAAUAACGGUAUUAUGAACGGCAUGCCCAGGCCGUCGCCGUGCAACCUGUGCCGCAAGAAGGCCGUUAACCACCCAUCCAUUUACUGUUCGGACUGUGACUUUUACAUGUCAAGGUUCAAACCUAAGGCUCAAUCGACUACGUGCUAACAUGAUAUAAUAUAGGUACUGUUUGCGGUUAUUUUAUACGCAGCACGUGAUCUCUUAAAUUUUGUAUCUGUGAUAUACAACAAUAAAUUAGUAAUCGUUUUAUUAUAGGUACAUUAUUCAGUUUCUGAUGUUAUAUCGUAUUAGUAUAGUUGACAAAUUACUAUUAUAUGAAUUUUAUUAUUGUAUACGAGGUAUAUAUUAUACUUUCUUUUUAUUUAUAAUUAUUUGUUUGUACCAUGCAU